AUGCAAAUUACUCAAACUUAGUUAUUAGAAUGGGUAAAGGAUGGAAAUAAAGUUACAUUAAAGAAGCAUUUUGAAGACUAAUUAAAGUUUUCUCAAGAAAAAUUGUAGUCAUUUUUUACUAUGGUUGAUGAUCAAAACCGAAAUGUCGUACAUUGGGCAGCUUAUUUAGGAUAAUAUAAAUUAUUGAAGUGGUGGUGUAAAGAAUAUAAAUUAAUGAUUGACUUAAAUAAAGGUGAUAUGCAUUCUUAUACUCCCUUAGAAUUAGCAAGCAUAAAAGGGUAUCCAUUAUUUCUAUUUAUUCCAAAGGUAUUCUGGUGAGUAUAAUCCAGAUAAAUAAGAGAAGACAAUACAAUUAUUACUUGAUCAUGGUGCUCAAAUUCCAGAAUCAGACACCUCUAAGCCAAAUCCUUUACAUUGGGCUUUUUAUUAUGGUAACAAAGAACUAGUUGAUUUUCUAAUCUUAAAAAAUUUUCAACUUUAAUUAGAAACUGACUAAUAAGGCAAUUAUCCUAUAGAUUACUUAUUUUUAGAAAACAGACCUGAUUAAUACAAGUAAAGAAUUUCAUAAAUGUUAAUAGAAAAGAUGUUGGUGAAAUAUUUGAGAAUACAAUUAUUAAUUAUGCUUCGGUAACAACAAAAUAAACUUUGAAUAGAAAACCAAAGAAGAAAAAAUAAAGAUAAACCACGAUAAUAACGAGUUAACUUCCAUUCGUUUAAACUUAAAUAAAAGAAGAUGAGUCAACACCUGAAUCUGAACCUUCUAAAAAUGGUAUACCAUAUUCUAAUAUAUCGAAUUAUCAUAAAAGUCAAACAUCUAAUUCAUUUAUAUCAAAAAAUACGAUUGCAAAAAGUAAUUAAAAACUUACUCCAAGUUAAUAAAUCUUAAUUAGGUUUCAAUAAAGAAGUUGUUGCAAAAAAAUACAAUCAAAAAAUAUAGAUGAGAUAGCUGAUAUUCCUGUCUAUGAUGAUUCUCGAAUUGAAAUGAAGGAACCUGAAGAAGAGAAAAUACCUGAAAUAAAAAUAUUCAAUUAAAAUCAAAAAAAUACAAAUUCUGAAAAACUUAUAAUUGAUAAUAUUUAAGAAAAUUAGUUCAAAGCAGACUAAUGCAACAUUAUUAUAACACAACCUCCAGCAUUAUAAAUUGAUUAAGAAUCUUCACCCUUAAAAAAUUAACAUACUAAGAAACUAAAUAAAAAUAAUUAAUUGAAGGAUUAAAAUAUUGAUAAUUUAUAGAAAAAAAAUACUUUAAAAGAAAAGUUCAUCAUUUAUCAUAGUAAAGCAAAUCUUACAAAAAAUGAGAUAUAUGAAUGUAGAUUAUAAUAUUGGUCUGCAUGUCAAGGUAAUACAGACUUUUUUAUUUAUUUCUUAAGAAGGAAAUGUAAUCCAUUUGUAAAUGUCUAUUAAGGAUUCAAUUGUCUACAUAUAGCAGCAUUUAAAGGAAAACCAAAAAUACUAAAAAUAAUUUUAGAGAAUGAUUAUGAAUAUUAUGAUUAUUCUGAAGAGGGCAAUCAAAAAAAUAAAAAAUAAUUAAAAGAAUAGAUUUUUGAUAAGGUAUUUAUUUAUAUAACUUUUUAGAAACAAUGUAUAAAUAUUUUGACAGAUUAAAAUCCAUCAAAUGCAUUACAUUUAGCAAUUGAAUAAGAGAAGUAUCAUUGUAUGAAAACUUUAAUCUUACAUGGAGUAUCAGUUGAAACAGUAAACAGUCGAUGUCUGAAACCAUUCGAAUUGACUUUCAAUUAAAAAUUUAUGGAGUAUUAUAAAGAAAAUAUUUAAAUAAAAUAACAAAUAAGUAGUUUAACUGAAUUGGGAUAUUAAUAUGUGAUUUAAACAAAAGGUACAUUGAGUGUAGAAUAAGACAUUGUUUAUUUGCAAUUAUAAAAUAUUAGAUAGACAUUUAGAGAGAGAGGUUGGAGUUUUGAAUUUUUGAUAUUUCAUGCUCCAGAUCUUGAUGAGUUGGAUAAAUAUAAUGAUGAUGCUUUAACAAAAAAGGUGAAGUCUAUUUUUCAUUAUUAUGUGUUAAAAUUACCACCUGAUUCAAUUUAUAAUUUAGCAGAUCUGUAUCAAAUAUCAUGUUACAAUUUCUAAACUAAAGUAAGUAAGAUAAUUGAUUUUAGUACAUAUGUUAAUUUAACUAUAAUAAGAGAGGUUUUUUUGAAUUUCCAAAAGAUCUAUAAGUUCAGAUGUUGAUUUUAAAUACCCUUAAUGAUGAGUUUGAUGUUGAUAAGUUUGUCUUAGAAAAGUUAAUUAUCUCACAUUAUCCUUUAGAGGAUAUUUAGAAGUGUGAAAAAAUUACAUAGUUUUGGGAUGAAUAAUAGAAUAAUUGUAUUCAAGAUUCAAUUCGAUAUGAAACAUAACAAAUAGCCUUGAGACCAUUACAUGCUGUUGCUUCAUAUUUUGGACCUGUAGUGGCAUGGUAUAUAGCUUUAAAUGUGUAGAUAAUAGGUUGGUUAAUGAUUCCAUCAGUAUUUGGGGCAGCUUUAGGAAUAUAUAUAAUAAUAACAGAGGAAGUGAAGUAAGUAUAUAGAGAAAUAAUUAGUUCUUCAAUAGUUCCAUUUUAUGCAUUGUUAAUGACAUUAUGGUCAACUUUAUUUAUGGAGAAGUGGAAGAAUAGAGAAUCAGAGUUGAAAUUUUGUUGGGAUAUGCAUAAAUUUAGACAAACCUAACCAUAAAGAGUAAUGUAUAGAGGAUAGUAUAUAAUAAAUGAGGCAACAAAUAAAAUAUAGAUCUAUGAUUACUUUACAACUUUUAAGAGAAGAUUGAUAGCAGAAGGGCCUGUAAUAUUGAUAGGAAUAGCAAUAAUAGUAUUAAGUUUUUAUGCUUUCAAUCUUUGGUUACAAGAGUGGAAAGACGAUUCUAUAAUGCCAAUAGUGAUAAAUUCUUUGAAUGGUGUUUCGAUGACAGUGUUUUGUGAUUUAUACAAAAGAUUAUGUUCAUCAUUAGUAACUUGGGAAAAUCAUAUGUAUGAAUCUGAAUAAGAAUACUCUUAUAUUUUGAAAGUAUUCUUAUUUGAAUUUCUAAUAUCCUAUGUAUCUGUAGUUUAUGUAGCUAUAUUUGAAAAUGAUGCUUCAUAAUUAAGUGUAUCAGUUGCAAGUAUUAUUAUAACAAGAGGAGUGAUAUCUAAUGUAAAGAGUAACUUUUUACCUUAUAUUCUAUUCAAAUAAGAAAGGAGAAUUCUAAUUAAUAAAUUUACAGAAUUCAAGGCAUUAUUCACAAAGAGAUUGGCAGAUAAGAAAUAAGUUCCAAAAAUUUGCAAUCAUAAUUUUAGUACUGAUAAAUUGAGUUCAGAAAUUCAAUUAUCAUUUCUUUAAGAACUAGAAAUAGGUAGAGUAAAAUAACCAUAAAAGGUUUUAUAUGAUGAAUACACAAGUAUUGCAAUCUAAUUUGGAUAUACAACUAUGUUUGCACCAACAUUCCCAGCUGCUCCUUUAUUUUUUAUGAUCAAUUGUUAUAUCAAUUUAAGAUGGUCUAUAUAUAAUUACUAACAUAUUUUAAAAAGAGAAAGAGCUUAAGCUGCAGAUUCGAUAGGAAUUUGGUUGCAAAUUUUUGAAAUUAUGAAUUAUUGUGCAACAUUUAUGAAUUGUAUAGUUAUUGGAACUGUUAAUAAAGAAUAAUUUAAAGGAAUUAUUGGAAAUUAAAAUGCUUUGGUUAGUGCAUUCUUCCUUGCUGCAAUAGAACAUAUCUUAUUACUUAUAAAAUACAUUCUUGAUGUUUCAAUUCCAGACUGUCCAUAUUGGGUAGAAAAGGAACUUAGAAGAUAUGCAUACCUAGAAGAAAAAUACUAGAAAAAUAAUAAUAAUUGAU